AACGAGAAUUUGGUUCAUUGUACAUGGCCAGUGUACACUGUGGUGUUCCGUGCACCUUUGGGUCUUCACACCCGUUUCUCGUGGCUACAAAUCGUUAGCCGCCUGCCUUGUCCAUAAAGGCAUUAGUUCUUGAUAGACUUUUGUCCGAGCUAGACCAUAAGCUAGACAUGGGGAAUAGCACCUUCAAUGGCACUAGCUUGCUGUGUGGAAUUUUCAGUGUGCUCUAUAUUGUGUUUAUUACGUUUGCCAUAUUUACCAUAAUCAUGUGCUGAGCAUAAAACAUUUAUCAAUAUGUCCCUUUGUCCUUUGUAUGCCUUGCCCUUUUCUGUUUGGAAAAUUAAAUUGCCUUGC